AUGAAAUUUGCCUUUGAUGUAAAAAAGUCCCUUUUUUACUAUGAGAUAUCAUCACGCCAUGGUAAAAAAGCUCUUUCAUCUACUCAAAAGUUGGAUAUUUCAAUGAGUUUGGACUGUGAAUUAAGAGGAUACACG